GAAGGAAGGAAGGAAGGAAAGAAGGAAGGAAGGAAGAAUCAACAUCCUGUGGAUACAGAACCUUUAAACCAAAAGCUGAGUUCUGUUGACACUGAAGUUGCCUCAGGGUGUGUGUGUUUGUGUUACUGGAAAUCGCUGACUGCUCAGAUGGAUCGGCUGGAAUUGCAGAAAGUCAACACAGAAUUUGAUGAGGAGAGCAACAGCGGAGACAGCACUGAAGACAAUGAUGCAGAUAUGGUUGAUCCAGAGAAGGCUACUAUUAGCAGCCACUUUGUUGGUGAAGAUGCAGAAAGCCAGAAGUUUCUAGCUAACGGCUCCCUAGGUAAAAAGAAAAUGGAAAGUUAUUCAGAUGAAUAUCAUCCAGGAAAUAUUUCAUUUGGUAUUUCAGCAUUUAAUUUAAGCAAUGCCAUCAUGGGCAGUGGUAUCUUAGGGUUAUCCUACGCCAUGGCCAACACUGGAAUUGUCCUUUUUAUAAUCUUACUCUUCAGUGUAGCACUAAUGUCACUCUAUUCAGUACAUCUACUACUGAAGACAGCCAAAGAAGGAGGCUCACUAAUAUAUGAAAAACUAGGUGAAAAGGCAUUCGGAUGGCCUGGAAAAAUUGGUGCUUUUGUUUCUCUCACAAUGCAGAACAUUGGAGCAAUGUCAAGCUACCUCUUUAUUAUUAAGUAUGAACUGCCAGAAGUAAUCCGUGCAUUUUUAGGACUCGAAGAGAAUUCUGGAGAAUGGUAUCUGAAUGGCAACUAUCUUGUUAUAUUUGUGAGCAUUGGAAUUAUUCUCCCCCUUUCACUACUAAAAAAUUUAGGUUAUCUUGGUUAUACAAGUGGAUUUUCGCUUACUUGUAUGGUAUUCUUUGUCAGUGUGGUAAUCUACAAGAAAUCCCAAAUAGCCUGUCCUCUCCCAGUCUUGGACAAUAAAGUUGGGAACUGGUCCUAUAAUGAUACUGCAGUUCUGCUACAUGUAGUGGGGUUACCAAAUGAUUCUGCUAAUUUGGAAUUAAAUUUGAUGAUGGACAGCACUAACAAACAAUAUUCUUCAGUUUUUGAAGAAACCAAAGCUAAGCUACAUCAAAGUGGAGUAGAAUAUGAAGCCCAUAGAGAAGACAAAAACAAAUGCCAAGCCAAGUAUUUUAUGUUUAACUCACGGACUGCCUAUACAAUACCAAUUCUGGCAUUUGCAUUUGUAUGCCAUCCAGAAGUAUUACCUAUAUACAGUGAACUUAAAAACCGAUCUCAAAAACGGAUGCAAAAUGUUUCCAAUGUCUCCAUCAUGGGAAUGCUCAUCAUGUACCUCCUCGCUGCCCUUUUUGGCUAUCUUACUUUCUAUGGUGAAGUAGAAGAUGAAUUGCUUCAUACAUAUAGGAAGGUUUACACCUUUGAUACUCUACUCUUGAUGGUUCGUCUUGCAGUUCUUGUGGCUGUGACUCUCACUGUACCAAUAGUCCUAUUUCCAAUUCGUACAUCUCUUACCACACUCUUGUUCCCCAGAAGUCCUUUCAGUUGGAUAAGACAUUUCCUCAUUGCUAUUAUUAUUCUUAUAUUUAAUAACCUUUUAGUCAUUUUUGUUCCUACUAUUAAGGACAUCUUUGGAUUCAUAGGUGCCUCUGCUGCAACAAUGCUGAUUUUUAUUUUGCCUGCUGCCUUUUAUCUUCGGAUUGUCAAAAAAGAGCCUUUGAGGUCACCUCAAAAGAUUGGAGCCCUGAUUUUCCUCAUUGUUGGCAUAAUCUUUAUGUUUGGGAGCAUGACUCUAAUUCUCUUGGAUUGGAUUUACAACUCUUCACAUUCCAAUCAGCAUUAAUUUGGAAGGAAAUUGUUUGUUUUUCUUUGCCAUCAAAGUGGUUGAAUUUCAUUAGCCAUGUGCAAGCAAACAAACAAAAGACUUUUGACUAUAGAAGAGGACAUUACUUCUAGUAAAUGGCAAGAUUCCAAAGUCUUUGUUAAUACCACUAAAUAGACCUAAAGUGGAUUAAAUCUCACUUUGGUGAAGGAUGGUUAUUUAUGCAUUAUCACAUGUGUCCUUUUUUUUGUACCAGGACAGAAUAAAAAUGUGAAGUUCCCUGGAUCUAAUUAUGUAUAUAAUUAGACACAAAGACUGUUACCUUACUUUGGUUUAGAUAACUUCUAUUUCUAGAAACUAUUUCUAGAAACUAGAAAAAAAAGUUGUCCAGAAGUGGGGAUCAUUUGUGUGUGUGUGUAUGUGUGUGUGUACAUACUCAGUACAUAUAAUGUAUGUACAUAAAGAAAAAUGAAACUAUUAUUUUAAAUGACUAACUAUAACUUUAAUAAGUACACUCAAAACAAGAUAUAAAAACAGCAUCAAUUUCUGAAAGUAUUUCACUUACUCAUCAAUAACUUACAUUAAUUAUAGGAGUGCCCACUACAGAAAGUGAGCAAAUAUGAUAAAUUCUUUAUUAUGCUAACUUUUAAUAAUAUUGUUUAUUACAAAGAUUGACUGCUGCUGUGGGAUGAAAAAGGGCCCUUUUCUCUGCAGCUGUGGUUUAGAGAGAGUAUUUAGGCCAUUGGAUAGUUAUAAAUGACUAUCAGAAUUCUCCAAUUUAUGGAACUGUACUCAAAAGAUAAAUUAAAUCUUAGCCAACUAAAGCUGUUCCUACAGCUGUUUACUACUACCAAAGUAUACUUUUAUGAUUGUAUUAUGUUUUCAAAAAUGAGCAUUCUCUGUCCCACCAAUAAAUUUAAAAGUUUUUAUAGUGAGUUUCUCUGCUUCAAUAUGAUGUCAAUAAUUGCAUAAUAAGGAUAUCUAAUCAUGACAACUGGAAUGGACUCAUAUGCAAAAAGAGGCUGGUUCUAGUGGGAUUUCUAUGACAAGUAUAUUUAACAUUUAUCAAACUGAUCCUUCACAUGUAAUUUUGUUUUGAUCUUAAUUAUUUACGAAACUGGAACUUGGUUUAUAAUUUGUCUUCCACAGUAGUUCAAACUGAUUUAACACAAUCACAUAGACUGUGAAAGCACACCAGGUAGUAUUGUUGCAUUUGUAUUUGAUAAUAUAGACAGUACAGCAUAUUAUAAGUAUUGAUGUAUUUGUUCUAUAUACUGUAAUUAUUUGUGUAGAUAUUUCUUUAGCAAAAUUUCCUGUAUGGUUUAAUGUUUUGAUUUUUAUAUAUGCAGUAAGUUUGGGUAGUUGUUGCUUUAAUAUUCCCAAGCAUGAUGCUACUUAGAUGCAGCACUGUUUCAAUGAGCUCUAAAAGCUUCAUUUCUCCAAUACAUGGUUAGAACUUUCUGAAAAGCCCAGAAUAAUACCUAAAUAAAAUGAAACAUCAAAUGUUACUAUAAUAAAUGAAAAUAAAAUUAAAGGAUGAAAGAUUUAUUUUUAUUGAUCUAUUGUACAAAGUGCUGUAUUAUUUUGAACUACAUAAACUACACCUGCAAUUUGGUUUCAGGGUUCACAUUUAUUUUCCAUACCUCUUGUGCUACUGAUUAUGACUUCAGUCAUGAGUGACAUAUUUUCUAGAUACUCUGAUAUGAAAAACAGAAGCUUUUACAGUAUUAAUCUCUGUUAGAUCUCUGUUUAUAU